GUCUGAUCCGCCCUCCCCGCUGAGGUUGCGCCUCCCAUUCAACGACUUUCCGCUGUGUGUUUUCGUGUUUUGAUGCCGUCCGUCCUGUUUUCGGUCUGAUAAAACAAAUUCAGACUAACUUUUUUAUUUCUAAAAGUACUUUUGAAAUGGCUUACACGACCGCGGGUGGGACCAAGAAGAAGGUGUGCUACUACUACGACGGUGACGUAGGAAAUUAUUACUAUGGACAAGGGCAUCCCAUGAAACCGCAUCGUAUCCGGAUGACUCACAACCUACUACUAAACUAUGGAUUGUACAGGAAAAUGGAGGUCUAUAGACCACACAAAGCUACUGCAGAGGAGAUGACAAAAUAUCACAGCGACGACUACAUCAAGUUCCUCCGAUCCAUACGGCCAGACAACAUGUCCGAGUUCAGCAAGCAGAUGCAGCGGUUCAAUGUCGGGGAGGACUGUCCGGUAUUCGAUGGCUUGUUUGAGUUCUGCCAACUUUCUGCUGGUGGCUCAGCUGCUGGCUCAGUGAAACUGAACCGACAGCAGACGGACAUCGCAGUGAACUGGGCGGGAGGACUCCACCAUGCAAAGAAGUCCGAGGCCUCAGGGUUCUGUUACGUUAAUGACAUUGUGCUGGCCAUCCUGGAGCUGCUCAAGUACCACCAGAGAGUGCUGUACAUUGAUAUAGACAUCCACCACGGAGAUGGAGUGGAGGAGGCCUUCUACACAACAGACAGAGUCAUGACUGCAUCCUUCCAUAAAUAUGGGGAGUACUUCCCUGGAACUGGGGAUCUCCGGGAUAUUGGAGCUGGAAAAGGCAAAUAUUACGCUGUCAACUUCCCACUGCGGGAUGGCAUUGAUGAUGAAUCAUAUGAGAAAAUCUUCAAACCUGUGAUGGCUAAGGUGAUGGAGAUGUACCAGCCCAGCGCCGUGGUUCUUCAAUGCGGCGCUGACUCUCUCUCAGGAGACCGCCUCGGCUGCUUUAACCUCACCAUCCGAGGGCAUGCCAAAUGCGUGGAAUACAUCAAGUCCUUCAACCUGCCACUGCUCAUGCUGGGGGGAGGAGGAUACACCAUUCGAAAUGUGGCCCGAUGCUGGACCUAUGAAACAGCUGUGGCUCUGGACACUGACAUCCCUGACGAACUGCCAUACAAUGACUACUUUGAGUACUUUGGGCCAGACUUCAAGCUGCACAUCAGCCCCUCCAACAUGACCAACCAGAACACGCAGGAAUACAUGGACAAGAUCAAGCAGCGGCUGUUCGAGAACCUGCGGAUGCUGCCUCAUGCUCCGGGUGUUCAGAUGCAGGCCAUCCCGGAGGAUGCCGUCCCGGACGACACGGUGGAUGAGGACACAGAGGAUCCUGACAAACGCUUGUCCAUCCGUGCUACAGAUAAGAGAAUAGCCUGUGAUGAAGAGUUCUCAGACUCAGAGGACGAAGGGGAGGGCGGCAGGAGGAACACAGCCAAUCACAAGAAGGGAGCCAAAAGGCCCAAAGUGGACGAGGACAAGCAGGAAGGAGAGGAGAAGAAAGCUGAUUUAAAAGAAGAAGAGAAGACAAAAGACAGCAGUGCUGAGAAGACCGACUCAAAGAGUGUGAAGACUGAGCAGACCAGCAGUGCCUGAAGUGUUCUUAUCCAAAAAUGUUAAGCGGUGCUGUCCACACUCGAGGAUCCCGCUCUUCACUGAAACACCAUUAUAUUUAUUAUGACUCUCCAUUUUCUACUUGUAAGUCUCUAAUUGUGUUGUGUGUCAGCGGCUAUCCUGAAUCCAGCACUUGAAUUUGUCUGAUUUGCUUCCUUUGAUGCUCUGAACCAUGUAAAUCCAAUGUGCUUGAUCUUCUGAAGGAAACAUCAGCUUUCUGGUCUUUACAAAACUGGGGCUAAAACUCUAUAAUGAUAUUACAUCUGAAUUUUGAUA